CGCGCCUCAUCAAAAGUCACCUUGAUCCAGCACGGCCGUUCCUCAUUCCACACUAUCAACGUUGUAUAGUUGUAUGGUCGCAUAAGCAGAUUGAACUCAGCCCUACGUGCUCAACUUGCGCCCAAGGUCCUCCGCCGCAACAAUCAGCAAAAUCGAUUCGAAGCCUGUAGGAAGGGACUUAACAUUUCUGUCGACCACGCUUCGAGAAAUUGGAAGAAAACAUACAAUAUGGAUAGCGAAUCUCUUAGUGUUGGGUCGCCAGCUACGAUAGCAACUCCUAACACUAAUGCGCAAGGCCAACAGCAAGGGGAGGCUGGAACCCCUGUGGUGGAAGGGGCAGGUGAUGCAGCAACCAAUGAUCCCUCUGCAACGGAUGCCGAAACUUCAGAACCAGCUAUCAAGCCGGACACCUCAACAUCUACUCCUGCUGUAGUAUCAGAUAACCCCCUCGACGCGCCUGAAGGACCUAGGCCUGAAGACACAAGGCAGGAUACGGAAAUGGGCGAGGCACAGGAGGAUGUCAAAGAUGGGCAGCAACUUGUCACAACCGGCGAAGGAGUAGAUGCGACUGCGGCAACUGGACAAGUUGAGCAAACGAAAGCGUCAAUCGAAUCUACUGCGCGUGAACACCUCAUCUCCCAAACACAUUCAAUCAUCCUACCAAGUUACAGUACUUGGUUCGAUAUGCACCAAAUCAAUAAUAUUGAGCGCAAGGCACUGCCUGAGUUUUUCAACAACAGAAAUCGAAGCAAAACGCCAGCUGUGUAUAAAGAUUAUAGGGAUUUCAUGAUCAACACAUACCGUCUAAACCCCGUGGAGUAUCUCACUGUGACUGCAUGCCGCAGGAAUCUCGCGGGAGAUGUAUGCGCUAUCAUGCGCGUGCAUGCGUUCUUGGAGCAAUGGGGUCUUAUCAAUUACCAGGUUGAUGCGGAUGCUCGGCCGUCAAACGUCGGCCCACCAUUCACUGGUCACUUCCGAGUAAUUGCGGAUACACCUAGAGGACUGCAGCCGUGGAAUCCGGCAACGGACCCGGUCAUUACACAGGGAAAGCCAAGUGCAGACACAGACGCAAAGGCGAAGGCAGACGGGAAGAUUGAGCGUAAUCUAGAGAUUGGCCGCAACGCCUAUGAGCCGAAUGGCAAAGAAGUGACUCAAAAGACUGGAGACAAACAGGCGAAUGGAGAAUCAGCGACCAACGGUGCUGACCCUAGCAAGGCUCUCGAUGCUCUCCUGAAAAGCCCGAUCGCCAAAGUCAACUGCUACUCUUGCGGAGUUGAUUGCACGCGCGUCUAUUACCACAACGGAAAGACUGCGCCAGGAGUUACCAGCUCGGGGAAGGCGAAAUAUGACGUCUGCCCGAACUGCUUCCUCGAACUCCGUCUCCCAUCUAACCAAGACUCAUCGCUUUACGUCAAAAUCGAAAACCCGUCUUACAGCAAGUACCCGGAUCGUGAUGCCCCUUGGAACGAUGGCGAGCUACUGCUGUUACUGGAAGGCCUCGAGAAGUUUGACGAUAGCUGGCAAGAGAUUGCAGAGUAUGUCGGAACCCGAACCCGCGAGGAGUGUGUGGUAAAGUUCUUGCAAUUGGAGAUUGAGGACAAAUACCUCGACACAGAGCCAGCUGUAAAUGGAAGCACUGGGCUUGGAUUGCUUGGAACAUCCGGUGGACAGCUUCCAUUUAACCAAGCCGACAACCCAGUAAUGUCUGUCAUCGGCUUCCUGGCCAACCUAGCAGACCCAGCCGUCGCAGCUGCCGCCGCUGGAAAGAGCGUUGACGCAAUGAAGAAGAGUCUGCGUCAGAAGCUAGACAAGGAUUAUGGCGGCGAUGAUGCGUCUGACUCGAAAGACAAGCAAAACGACGCUAUGGACAUUGACAUUCACCACCACGAAACGACCACGACUACCACCACCACAACCACCUCUACAACCCUCGCCACUGCAUCCCUAGCUGGAACUGCUGCCCGCGCCUCUGCCCUGGCAACACAUGAAGAGCGCGAGAUGACACGCUUAGUCUCCGCAGUUGUCAACACGACAUUGCAGAAGCUAGAUCUGAAGCUGCAGCAGUUCAAUGAGAUGGAGGCGAUCAUCCAGGAGGAGAGACGCGAGUUGGAGAGGGGAAGGCAACAGCUGUUCCUCGACAGACUCACCUUCAAGAAGCGAGUUCGUGAUGUCCAGGCGGGCCUACGGGUAGCGGCUACUGUAGGUGGAGAGGAAGGGAACAGGAUGGCGCAGGAUGUUAUGGAUACAGGCGACAGGUUGAGCUUCCAAGGCCCUGGCAGCAAUGACAAUGUGCAGCCGCUGAGCGCUGAAGGGGCUGUCAGUACCUACGAGAUUUGAGAUACAGGGGAUGGUUAGGGGUGGCGAGUGAGGUGUUUUGAUAAUGGCGUAUAGGGGUUGAAAUUGGUCAAACGGGCGACGACCGGAUGGGCCGGAUACGUGAGGAUUUCAUGAGGCAAAGCCGCCAGUUGGUUGCGGUUUUCUUCGAACUUCAAUGUGAGCUUAUUAUUAGUUGUAUUGUACGUCUAGAAAAUGGGA